AUGACAAAUCAACCAUGGAUCUAUGACAAAGAACCAUGGAUCUAUGACAAUCAACCAUGGAUCUAUGACAACAACCAUGGAUCUAUGACAAACAACCAAGGAUCUAUGACAAACAACCAUGGAUCUAGGACAAACAACCAUGGAUCUAUGACAAUCAACCAUGGAUCUAUGACAAACAUCCAUGGAUCUAUGACAAACAUCUAUGGAUCUAUGACAAACAUCCAUGGAUCUAUGACAAAGAACCAUGGAUCUAUGACAAUCAACCAUGGAUCUAUGACAAUCAACCAUGGAUCUAUGACAAAGAACCAUGGAUCUAUGACAAUCAACCAUGGAUCUAUGACAAUCAACCAUGGAUCUAUGACAAUCAACCAUGGAUCUAUGACAAACAACCAUGGAUCUAUGACAAUCAACCAUGGAUCUAUGACAAUCAACCAUGGAUCUAUGACAAUCAACCAUGGAUCUAGGACAAUCAACCAUGGAUCUAUGACAAUCAACCAUGGAUCGAGAACAAUCAACCAUGGAUCUAUGACAAUCAACCAUGGAUCGAGAACAAUCAACCAUGGAUCUAGGACAAAGAAGCUAAUUAUUCUCCUAUCCUACUUCAGAGCUUCUCGGGAAGAACUUAAGUAG